AAUCAGCAUCGAUUUUUCUUUGUCUAGUUGCCAUAUUUAGCUGUCCGGAUUAGCACAAGCCGACGCAAUUUUGGCAUAAUUGAAUGGAAGCAUAAUUUCCAUGUGCUAAGAAAGAAGGCAGGGUGCUUAUUGUUAUAUUAGUUGAAGAAGUGAAGUAUUAAUGGUUGGUCUAGUUCAGAAAACACAAGUUUGUAGCUAUGACUUCGGCUUAUUCUAGAGACUAUUCUAGGUCCUCUAACUAUCGAAGAGUAGCCUCUUCGAUUGCAAUUUUAGGUGUGCUACUUACAAUAUUUGUAACCUGGGAUUCUUGGUUCAUAUUGUCACGGCCCAACAGGUUGGUCCCUACAAACUAUAUUUAUGGGGCUAAUCUUGCAGAAGAUUCAGAUUCUGUUGUUUCCCAGGAAGGUGGGCAUGUAGCCAAACCUGACCAUGAUGAUGAGUCAGAAGUAGAGAUGGAAUUGGAGGUGGAUGCGUCUACAGGAGAAACUGAACCUGUUCGGAAUCAAACUGAAAGCAGUGAAGGCUCAGAUAGUUCAGAUUGUGACCUGUACGAUGGGCAAUGGUACUAUGACCCUGAAGGGCCUUUGUACACAAACAAUACAUGUCCUAUCCUUAGUCAGAAUCAAAAUUGCCAAGGAAAUGGGAGGCCGGACAAAGAGUACGAGAACUGGAGAUGGAAACCAUCACAGUGUGAACUCCCAAGAUUUAACGCAACCAAAUUUUUGGAGCUGAUGAGUGGAAAAACCAUAACUUUUGUCGGCGACUCUGUUGCUCGCAACCAGAUGGAGUCUCUUUUGUGCAUACUUUGGCAGGUUGAAGUUCCACGAAAUCGAGGGAACCGUCGUAUGCAGCGCUGGUUUUUUAAAUCAAACUCUGUAACAAUAAUUCGUUUUUGGUCUGCAUGGCUUGUACAUCAUACAACAGAACCUUUCAGCUAUGUUCCAGAUGGAAUCACGAAGAUCCACCUCGAUGUUCCUGAUGAAACCUUCAUGGAACUCACACCAAAAUCUGAUGUUGUAGUCUUUUCCAACGGCCACUGGUUUCCUAAGCGAUCAGUCUAUUUGUUAAACAACGAGAUUGUUGGAACACAAUUGUGGAACUCACCAGAAAAUCUGGCAAUGAACAUAACCAGCACUGAAGCAUAUGAAAUAUCUACUGAGACUAGCUUGACUGCUCUGGCUACUCAUUCCAACUACUCGGGACUAACAAUAGUCACGUCUUAUUCGCCUGAUCACUAUGAGAAUGGUGCAUGGAACACUGGUGGAUCGUGUACAGGUAAAGAUAGACCUUUAUUUCCCGGUCAAGUGGUGGAGCACGAGUACACGAAUAUCAUGCACGAUAAACAGACUGCAGGCUUCCACCAGGCUGUUAAGAAACGGACUAAUGAAUCAAAAUUGAAGUUGAUGGAUAUUACAGAAGCUUUCAAGUAUCGUCAUGAUGGUCAUCCAGGUCCAUACCGGAGCCUUGACCCGAAUAAGAUCACAAAGAGGGAUCCGAAUGGGCGUCCACCUCCACAAGAUUGCUUGCAUUGGUGUAUGCCUGGUCCUGUUGAUACAUGGAAUGAGCUUAUGCUUGAACUCAUCAGGCGAGAGUUUGAAGGCAACCAAAAUUCUGCCUUCUAGUUUUUGUAGUAUUCUUUCAUGAGACAGUUCAUUAACCUGUCUGUGAUCAUUCAUUGUUCUCAUUGUGAAAAUUAAUUGUUAAAUAUUGUGUGCUUAACAUGUUUUUAUAGAUUCAAAUUUAUAACCAAACUUCC